AACGGCGAGAGAUGGCAUUCCUCAGUCAAGCGCAGGCGGCGCCGGCAUGGUUCCUCUCGCUGGCCUUCCUCGGCACCCUUUACGCCGCUGCAUUCUCGUUCCGGCUCCUCGCCCACCUCGCGCUCUGCUUGCGCCGGCCGAAGGACCUCCGGCGCCGCUACGGCGCCUGGGCCGUCGUCACCGGCCCGACGUCCGGCAUCGGCCGGUCCGUCGCCCUGGAGCUCGCCAGCCGGGGGCUCAACCUCGUGCUCGUCGACCUCAACGCCGCCAAUCUCAAGGAAAUCGCUCACACCGUCAGAUCUCGCCACGCCGUGCAGACCAAGACCGUGGUGUUCGAUCUCUCGCUCGUUUCUACUGCCCAAGGUGACGAGGCGAUGCGGCGGCUCCGAGAGGCCGUGGCGGGGCUGGACGUGGGAGUGCUGGUGAACAACGCCGGGGUGGCGAAGCCGGGCGCCGUGUACCUGCACGAGGCCGACGUGGAGGCCUGUGUGAGGAUGAUGCGGGUGAACCUGUGGGCGCUGACGGAGGUGACCGCCGCGGUGCUGCCGGGGAUGCUGGAGCGACGCAGGGGCGCCGUCGUCAACAUGGGCUCAGCCUCGUCGGAGGCCAUCCCCUCCUUCCCCCUCCACACCAUGUACGCUGCCACCAAAAGGUAUGUUGCGCAGUUCUCCAGGAGCCUUUACGUUGAGUACAGAAGCAAAGGGAUCGAUGUGCAAUGCCAGGCUCCGUUCUACGUGGCGACCAGGAUAGUGUCAAGGCUGGCAGAGACCGGGCGGGCCGGGCGCCUCUCUAUGUUCCUCAUUGCGCCGACGCCCGACGCGUACGCGAGCGCGGCGGUGCGCUGGAUCGGCCACGGCCCGCCCCUCUGCGCCCCCAACCUCGGCCACCAGCUCCUGUGGUGCCUCGCCGCCGUCCUGCCGGACUUCGUCCACGACUGGCUCCGCAUGCGCGAGCACCUGCAGCACAGAGCGCUGGCUCAGAGAGCGUCGAGACGUCGUGCCGGCGUGCCAAUAACUGUCAAGUGAAUUCCUGGUGAUCUUGGACGACAUGCCUGUGUUCCACAAACCACACGCUCUGGUGUUCAAUUAACUGAAUUUCCGAUGAACUGAAUCAUGUAAUCGUAUUUUGCCGACAUGCAAUUAUUUGUCCACGCACUGCACCUUCACCGUUCGUUAAUUAGUUGCAUCCAACACUUACCGUUUGACAAAGAGCGCGUACAAUGCAAAUGUUGCACAAGUCUUUAGGAAAAGGAAGUUGAUUCUUUUUCUGUUUGCCAGAAAACCUAUCCGAGAGCAAAGUGUUUCUUUAAGCAAUAACACUGGCUAUUUCUUAAAGAAGCACUUGCCUUCCCUAAAAUAUCACACCACAUGCACACAUUCAUGCUGGCUACUGAGUACCGGAGCCAUUGAAACUGCAUGCGAGAUUGAUGAUAAUCAUCGUGUUCUUCAUGCUAUCCAUAGAUCACUACACGAAAAAACAUAUUCUACCUUGUGUUUCUCGAUACGUGAGUGUAAAUUAUUGGUCACUUGGCUUACGCCACUGUACACCGUGUGUGAACCUGCGGUGCACUUUAACAUGUGCCUCAACGUACUGCCAUGUACGACGUGACACCCCUCAAAAACACUCUGGCCUUCAGGGAUUAAAGCCGAGUGUUUUAGAGGCCCGCACGGUUAGUGUAAAUUGGUCACUUGGCUUACGGCACUGUACACCGUGUGUGAACCGGCGGUGCACUUUGACAUGUGCCUCAGUGUACUGCCACGUACGGCGUGACACCCGUCAAAAACUCUCGGCCUUUAGGGGUUAAAGCCCAGUGUUUUAGAGGCCCGCAUGGUGAAUA